AUGACUGAAGAGAAAAUGGAUACAAGCUCUCCUGCCGCAAGCUCGGCACCGGAGCUCUACACGCUUAAGUAUGAUCUGGGCUCAAAGGAAACGAAAAUUGUGGAUGUAUUCAAGUCGACCGCCGAUCGACGCAAUAUGGGAGAAACAACUCGACGAGUGACGGCUCUAGAGGCUCUUCAACUCACCAUAGAUGACUACAAGAAGAUUGUCGCUGGACCGAAUCAUAUCGUGUUUCUGUUGAAGGAUGGUCGUGUGUUUCGGCUUGGUUAUACAGUUACAAAUCGUGCUGUUGGAUCAACUUCUUCUACUACUACUACUACUACUACUACUGCUACUGCAGCUGCUGUUGCUGUCGUGCCAGCUGUUCCGCAACAAUCGACCACUCGUCAUCCAAAGUAUCGUCGCGUGAUGGUUAGUUCUGCAAGACGUGGUGGCGGACCGAGGACUUCUUGGCUGAUGGACAGAGGACGCCCAAUGAUUCCAGCUGCUGAUGUUCCUGAAGAUCUCGUCGCUCAAGCCCAAGUAGUGCUCCAAGGAAAGUCUCGUGAUGUGAUUGUUCGAGAAUUACAAAGAACAAAUCUGAAUGUGAAUCAAGCUGUGAACAAUCUGCUAUCUCGAGAUGAUGAUAAUGAAGAUGAUGAUCUAGACGAAAGGGGAGAAAUUCUGAUUCCCGAGGAGCUAAUCGCUGUUUUGGAGGCUCGUCAUCAACACGGUGGUCCUACUUCGGACCUCACGCGCAAUUUGGAAGCAAUCUUUAUGCCAGAGGAAGGACGAGUGCCGCGUGGCGAGAAUCACGGAAAAAAAGAAAGCAAAGGCGCCGAUUCGUAUGAGGAGUUUCUCUUCAAGGAUCAAGUUGAAUUCUGGCAAAAUGAAACGAUGGCGCAAGAAGAAAAGAUGCUGUUAUUCACCGACAUUACCGCUUGUGCUACAGAAAUUAUUGGACUUGCAGAUGGAAAAGCUUACGGAUGGAAAUGGUGUGAUGCAAACGGAACCACUCAACUGCACCAACGAGCACGCGAUGUGGCUGGAGAUUCAAAGAUUGUCAGAAUGUGUUCAUCUUACCUUCGAGUGGCAGUUCUCUACGAAAAGCUAGAAGCAAACGGCGAAAUGAUUCGAGAGAUUGGAUCAUGGGUCGACCCGACGGUCAUUCCAGGCAAAGUCGGAAUGGCCCUAUCGCAAGUGAUUCCACAACAACGCAGUAUUGAUUACUCGAAAGCUCGUGGUGACGCGCACUUUUUCUGCACGGAUCUUUUAUGCUGGAUUCGUUACGCAAAGUGUGGCAUCAUUCCUCCAUCAGAGAAAAUCAUCAACUUUGGAAAGGCACUGGCAAAGAAAGAAGCACAGGCAAAACAAGAGGGACGCGGCGAAAACGAGAUAUGCGUUGGAGCUGAAGUAACACCGAAGGCUUCGCCAAUCUACGAAGCGGGAAGUGUUGCGGUGAUGCUAAAAGAUGGGGCCCUCAAGGUUGGAGUGCUAAUGGAACGAGCAUGGACGCUCACUGAAUCAUGCCGGUUUCGCAUUGUCGACAAGAGUCAGUACGAUUUGGAUUUUAAAGAUCUUUGUAAAGAGCAACCUAUGGAUACUGAGAAAGUUGGCGAAACUCGGAAGACGAAGGCGAAUGACAUUGAAUUGCAACCGCAAGAAGAAUGGUCAAUCAGCGAAGCGGUCUUCAUUUACGAGCAGCCGAAUGUAAAUCUGUGGACUGUUGUCAUUCAUGACCGAGAUUCAAAGCAGUGUGUGGUUGUCAACCCACGAGAAGCUCCGUGGAUCGAUGUUCCUAGAAACGAAAUCUCUGUUUCACACCCGAAGUUUCACGAGAGCAAGCUACAGAUACGUCAAGUAUCUCAACUGCAAGUAAAACAAGCUUCGUGGGAUUGUACACAAUUUCUCGACUCACCGAAAAGCAUUGAAACGACAAGAGUCUCACUCAAAAUGCCAAUUGCUUAUGACGUUUUGUCAAGUGUUGUCGCCGAUGAAAAAGGUCUUCGUUGUCUUGUUUGUACAGACGGUUUCUACAGCAUUCUACGGGUCUCGUUAAAUGGACGCUUGCUCUCAAAACAUCCGAUGCCAUUUGGCUCAUUUUCGGUCAACGACAGCUCAAAGCAACUGGAAACAUUGACGGAGCAUCCUGAUUUUCCAUUAUUUGUGAACUUUUCAAAAAAAGAUGCCCUCUUUGUCCAAAUAAAGCCGAAUUCCAUGAUGCUGCCAAUGCAACGAAUGGGAGAUGGAGGAUUCAAGGAGCUGAUGUCGUUUCAACAACCACUUUGUCCUUUGCAAUCACUAUGGAUUGACUCCGUUUCUAACGACAAAGAUCACAAGAACACUGGCUCUGUCAUCAUUUUUGGUCUAUCACCACCAACGACUGGCAACCUACUGCAAGCUGUUUUGGACUGUGAUGUAAAAGCUGUGAGGAAUGAACUGGGUCGAUUGGCUGAUGUUUCUGAAGCAAAGCAAGCCGCAUCUUUUGGAAUUUCUACGGCACAGAAUGAACAAGAAACGCUCGUCUUCAACGAUCUUGGCGGGAAUGUGCUUCAUGCCGCGGUCCUCCUGGCAAGCUCAGCCUCGAACAAGAAUCAAGCAGACAAACCUAAAGAAAAAGUUGGACCUACCACCGAGAAACCGGAAGACCAAAAGUUGCCUCGACUCCGUUCUUCGCGCGCUAACCAAGAAGUAGUGGCUGCUCUUCGUGAGCCCGAAGUACCCGCCAUGUCACCAUCUUCGAAUGAGCCAAUGAGCAAGUUGAAGCAGCGACAGAAAGAUGCCAUGGAAAUCGUCGCGCUACUGGUUGAUGCGCCUUUUGUCAACAAACACUUCUUCGUCAACAUUUUGAAGCAAAAAGAUUGCAAUGGUCUGAAUCCAUUUGGUUGCGCCAUUCAACAAAGAGCUUACUCAGCCGCCAAGGUCAUCUGGGAAACAAGUCUUCGAAGAAAGGUCGAUAUCAAUAUCCUUCUUGCUCCACCACCGGAUUGGGCAUCAUCGACCGAUCACACCAAGAGCUGGGCUUUGUUUGCUUUGGCUAUUGCUGACACUUGCUCAUAUACUUGGACCGGACAGACACGUGUGAAGAUGGAUGUUUACGAAUGCCGCACUUGCAACUUGACCGGUUCGAGCUGUUGUUGCGCGGAAUGUAUCUUGACCUGCCAUAAAGGACACUCAAUCUCCCUCAAAGAAACAAGCUCAGCUGCCUACUGUGAUUGCUGGGAAAAAUGCGCGUGCAAGGCUUUGGUUUCUGGAAACUUGGAAGCACGGAUGUGGUUGUUCAAAGAAAUUAUUGCGAAGACCGACUACCAUUGUUGUCCAAAUGAGAAGUCCCAACAUAUCAUCUACUUUUUGGCUCAAACUGUGGCUCGACAGAAUGUUGAACAAUCGGCCUAUCGGAGGAAGUCGCAUAGACAUCCUCGCGAAGAAGCUCCACCAAAUACACCCGAACAAUGUUUGGAUCCACCAGAUUUUGCCACAAAGGCUUUGAGUGUUUGUUUGGGAAACUCAAAAGUUCUUCAGCAAUUCGUGAUGGAGGUGACCAACAAUGACUUGAACCCUAACGAAUUGGAUAACGUGGGAAAAGAAGAGUGGCGCCAGCGCUUCAAGAGCGAGCAACUCGACGUGACGCUGUUUCUUUUGCUGACGAAAUGUCCUUCUACUAAUUUGGCUUGUUUGGUGGAGCUUUUGCAAAAAGGGAUGAAAAGAAGACAGGACGCUGCGGGCCCAAUCGUCGGUCGAAUUAUCCGAGCCAUUCUGCGAAUUUAUGCUCUUCUUUGCUCAUUGUCAACCACGGCGUCUAUGGUGGCAACAAAUGGAAUCUUCACUAAAUUUCCGGUUACUAUUGACAAAGAUGACCAACUCGGGAUCGGAAUCUUUAACCUUCGCCGCUUGCUUACUGGUGGAAGUAAAUCCGAUGAUCCGAAGCCAGACAAGAUCAUUUACGUGAUGAACAGAUGCCAUGAUGUUUUGAAAGCUUUUCGCCCAUACACGAGUUUGGAAGCUGCACGUAUGGCGAACGGACUGAUUCAUCCGGUCGUUGUGGGAAGAGCUGCUGCCAUCAUGCCGAUCAACACGAAAAUCGCGGAUAGCGAGAUUUUUGCGACGAUUGAGAAAACACUGAUGCGAAAGCCAGCUGCCAAGGCGCGGCCACAUGGUGAUGAAGAAGAAGACAAGCAGACUGGCGAUGAAAUGGACAGCGAUCACAAUUCGCUUGUCUCGUCAAGCACUUUUUCGAUGAACGAAGAAGAAGAGCGCGAAGAUCAAGUCUCGGAUGGAGAUGAAAGCGCUGCUUCCUUUUUCAGCGAUGAGGCUUCGGAGGACGAGGAUCAUUAUGAUGAGGAGGAGAAUCAGGAAGAGAACGGGCAAGACAUGGAGCACGGAGACGAAAACCUGAUUCUUGCCUUUGAAAGACUACUGAACGCUCGGGCAGAAGGCCGAAACCGACGUCACGAGAAUCGCAACCAUAGUCGUAGACAGGAAAGACAAGAAGCUGGUGAAACUUCCGCGAAUCACGAGAGAGUCGAUGUCGUACCUGAAGGAUAUGCUGCUGCUCAAGAAUCCGCUGCCGAUUCUUCUUCGGAAGUUAUGACAACUCUACCACGUAGGGAUUCAGUGGAAACUGCCAGUCGCCAGCCACCAAAUCGAUCGCCACAAGAAGCAGUCAUGAUAUUUGCCACCGAGAAUGUGGGCCAACCAUUAACCGCAUCAGGGAAUGUGACAUUGGGUGAAGCAGGGGACAAGUCUACCGUUAAUGAUCAUCACAUGAAUGGUGACAGCAUCCGUCAUUUGUGCUCGUCUUUCUAUAUUAUGGCACGACUUGCUUUGGAGAUUGAACUUGAGAACUGGAAAAACGACGGUGGCCCUGAUGGCUUGAAACUUAUCGAAGCGUCUCUGGGUCCAGCGUGGAAAUGGCUUGCUGCAGCGCUUGAUACGACUGAACAGAAAAUCACACUCUCGAAGUCUCGACAAAUUGACGUGAAACUUGAGGCGGGGAAUGUGCUGAAGGAGUUGAGUGAGGUGCCGACAAUGUCGUCAUCUGAGCUUUUGAUCGAUCUGAUGCGCUCAUCCGACGGAGAGUUCGGCGAUCAUCCACCAAUUUUGAACGCUGGCCUCCUCAGACCAUUGGCUCUACUGACAGAUGUGUUUUUACUACGGUGCCGGGUGCUCGACACUGUUCGUUCAAGGAAAGUCACGCAACAGCCAACUAUUGGUUCCUUUUUUGAGAGAGGCCUCAACUUCAGCUAUCCUGGUGUUAUUUUGAGUGAGAAAAGCUCCAUUUUUGAUGAUCCGCUGAAAUUGGCAACUUCGCCUCUACUCCUUCAGCCGACUUCCGCCAGACUCGAUUACUUCAAUCAUCAAAGCGCAAAGAUGUCAUUGGAGAAUUGGGACCAACUUUAUGAGAAACAACUGGACCUCGAACUGAAUGCCACUAGCAGGACCACUCCGGAAGAAAACCAACGCGUUGCUGCUCCAUUCGAGAAAGACUCCACUCUUCAGUUGCUUGAAGUUCGCGCAGAGUCAAGGUGGUCAAAUGCAUUAGAAUGUUUGGCGAAAAACUUCCAUGCGGAGAUCUUUACUGUGUGCGGCCGCGAGGUCAAGAAGUCUUUGUUGAUCAUCGGACAUGCCAGCUACAAUGUGAGGGCGCAUUACUUCAACCAAAAGAUUUUUGAAUACAGUGGCCAAAAUCCGAGCAAAAAGAUUACUUUGGAGAAUUUGUCACACAAUGCCGAGAAGUUGAUCAGGGAUACGGCCUCUCAAUUGGAUGCUCAAUUCUUGAAACGUCUGAGUCCAAGAGUGCCGCCUGGGCCAGUACUAUUUGCAUCCGAGAUGAAAGUCAGCUACGAAAACGAGCCAGGCGAAGGAAGUGGCGCCCUGAUGACCUUACGGAAAUUGCCACAAGGAACCUCUCUUCAAGAAAAACAAGAUGACUUGACUGAGCCCAAGAUUGAUGACAACGCUCCUUUGUUUUACCAAAUGUCGACUGGCCAAAAAGUCUUCUCUAUGUGCCCGGGCAACGGAACUCCCAAACGCUUGAGCAAUUUCCGCAAUGUUGGAAGGGUCUUUGGCUUGGCUCUUGUCCAAAAACAAGUUCUACCACUCUCUUUGCCUCGCCAUUUAUGGAGAGCAAUCGCCGCCGAAACCAGUUUUUUGCUUUCUUUCCACGAUUUGGCUUUCGUGGAUCACGAACUUUAUAUGAGACUUCGGGAACUUAUCAUGGAGAAGAAAGACGAGAAGGCCCUCACAAAAAAAUUAAAUGAUUUGGAACUGUACUUCACGUGUAUGUUGCCAAAAGAAGAAACCGAUGGAAAGACACCCCGAGAAGUCGAAUUGUGCCCGGGAGGAAAAGAAAUGCGUGUGACGAGCUCAAAUCUUCCCCAAUACGUUUACCAGCUGGUGAAAUGCAGACUUGGCCGGCCAGAACUGCAGCAAUGCUAUGCGUUAUUUGCGCAAGGCAUUCAAGACGUGGUUCCAGCUGGAUUUUUGGCCCAUUUGACUGCUGAAGAUUUGGCCUUACUUGUCAAUGGAGUUGCUGAAAUUCCCAUCGAUCGCCUCAAAAAGUUAACGACUUUCCAAGAAGAGUGCCAAAUCUCGCAAUCGGAUCUCAAAAAGUUGGAACGCUGGUUUUGGGAAAUCGUGGAUCGAUUCAGCGACAAAGAGAAACAGGACUUGAUUUACUUCUGGACGGGCUCUGCGACGCUUCCGGCACUGGACGAAAUGUUUGUGGCACGACCGACGAUUGUGAUCAAAAACUUGUCGAAUGAUCACUUACCCUCUGCGAACACUUGUGUCUCUCGUCUCUACAUGCCGCACUACACGUCGAAAAACACUAUGUACCUCAAACUACGCCAUGCCAUCCAAAUUAAAGUGUUUGGUUUUGUA